AUGGCCCAAAAUCCCGUCGAGCGGCGCAUCGUCGUGCUCAUCUCCGGAUCAGGCUCGAACUUACAAGCCCUCAUCGACGCCCAAAACACCCCGCGCCUCCCGCACACCCGCAUCGCCCUCGUCCUCUCCAACCGCAAAGCCGCUUAUGGACUAACGCGAGCAGCGAACGCCUCCCCGCCCAUCCGCACUGCCUACCUCGCGCUCCAGCCGUUCCUCAAGGCGAACCCGGGCAAGACGAGGGAGGACUAUGAUAGAGAGGUGGCGAGGAUCGUGGUGAGGGAGCAGCCAGACCUCGUCGUGCUCGCGGGGUGGAUGCACGUCCUCGGCGAGGGGUUCCUCGACGUCGUGAGUGGCCAUACUGUCCUCCAGGGCGAGCCCGCGCCCCCUACCCCGAUACCUGUGAUCAACCUCCACCCCGCGCUUCCCGGCGCGUUCGACGGCACGCACGCCAUCGAGCGCGCCUUUGAGGCGUACCAGCGCGGCGAGGUCGAGCGCGUCGGCGUGAUGGUGCAUCGUGUCAUUAAGGAGGUCGACAGGGGCGAGCCGGUCGUGGUCAGGGAGGUGCCGUGCGAGAAGCGCGAGCCUCUCGAGAGCUUCGAGGAGAGGCUGCAUAAGGCUGAGUGGGAGGUGAUUGUGGAAGCGACGAGGAGGGUGCUGGACGAGGCGAAGCCGGUUCGGGUGAGUGUGGAGUUUCUGAGGGUCGCGAGGGGAGGUUGAUAGAAGUGACAGCAGGACUUAUAGCGCCUGUAUCCGACUCUGAUGAAAAUGUAUACUCAUAUGGUAUUAAUGUAUCCACAAUGUUCUUCUGUCACUGAAUAGUGGCUCCCCUCUCAACUGUCUGAAAUCAGACUAUAGGACGCGAGAGCUUCGAGCUAAC